AUGACACCAAGUGAAAAUGGAGAAAGUCCAUUGAUAAAUUUUAAAUCCAUACGAAAAAGUCGUUGGCGUCUCUCUGAAGUUCCACCGGAAAUCAUGCAAUUGAUCACACCACCUAGUUCUGAAGCAUCCGAUUCACCUACAAGUUUUUUACCAAGUACACCUGGUACACCAUUCUCAACAACAACACAGUUAAUCGAUGAUCGUUGUUCACCAUUACCUUCACCAACGAUAAAUAGAUCAAAUUUACGUAAAAAACUUCGUAAAAAUCCAUAUCCGGUUCGUUCGCCAGAUAGGGAAACAACUGAGGAUACAAUGUGUUUAAGAAUUAAUGUAUACGAUAUUUACAAGAAAAAUCCAAAAGCUCUUUUAGAUAGACCACAAUAUAGAAGAAAUGAUUUAGAACUUAGUACCAAAAUUUUAGAUACAAUCGAACGUCCAAAAAUUACUUGGAGAGGUCCUGAAUCAAAUGUUGAAAUAUUACCACAUGCAAGUGUUUUACAUAGAGUUGAAGCGAAAGCUUGUGGAAUUUUAAGAUUAUCACCUGAACAAUACAUUAAUUCUAAGCUAAUUAUUCUUACUGCUGCAAAAGAAUAUAAAGAAAGGUCUAUUCCAUUUAGAAAAGUAGACGCUCAAAGAUUGGUUAGAAUAGACGUGAAUAAGGCUUGUAAACUUUGGGAAUUCUUUUCACAAGCUGGUUGGAUUCAUAAUUAA